UAGCUGCCUUCCCGAUCCGAACAAUUUCAGUGAGGAGGUACGAUCGCUGCGAAGGUCAUCACAUCACGACUGUGCGGAUGAUGCGGAAACAUGACCAUCAUCACGCUGCUAGCUAUCCUGGUAGGAAUCUUGUCCUGUGGUCCAACAAUCGGGCGAACCCAGGACCAAAUAACGUUCCUUGAUGGACCACCGUUUCUCGCGUUAUAUCGCGAGCUUCACGGUCUCCUGUUCAAUUUUGUUGGCCCCAAUAGCGCCAACCCUGAUCGCCUGAAUCGUGCCCGGUCUCUUGGGAAAAUUCAAACUCGGAUACCAUCUGAUCAAAGCUUUCCGUGUGCAACACAAGGAAUGCGAAGCCCACAACCACCGACGUCGGUACACGAGUUGCGACCCGGGGACAUCGAUGUGAUAGCGUCCAUGGGCGAUUCCUUGACAGCAGGAACCGGAGUUCUCGCAACCGGGAUAUUGGAAUUAGUAAUAGAGAAUCGUGGACUCUCGUGGAGUAUCGGAGGUCAAGGUACGUGGCGCGAGUACCUCACUGUCCCCAACAUUCUGAAAAUGUUCAAUCCUAACCUGAACGGAUACGUUGUGGCUGACAGCCUCUCGAUCGACAAGGCAUCAAGGUUUGACGUGGCCGAAAUCGGCGGAAUGAGUGCUGAUUUACCGCAUCAAGCGCGCAACCUAAUCAAACGAAUGCUCGGGGACCGCAACGUGGACAUGAAGAACCAUUGGAAGUUGAUCACCAUCCUGAUCGGGCACAACGAUUUCUGCAGCAGAGUGUGCUAUCUGCCGCGACCGGAAAAGGCCCUAUAUUAUCACGAACAGAACCUGAUCACUGCAUUGCGGCUCUUGAAGAAAUAUCUGCCCAGGACGAUGGUCAACAUUGUGGCCGCCAUAAAUGUCAACGUUUUAAGGACCUUCCGCCCUCGGCCUUCCCAAUGCGUUACCACACACCUGGCGGAGUGUUCCUGCAUUUUCGGUUCCACGUUUAAGGACCUGCAGCCACGCUUGAACCGUAUCAUGAAUGAAUGGAAUCGCGUAGAGGAGCGGGUUGCCAGUCUACUAGAGUUCCAAAAUGUCACAGAUUUUACGGUCAACUAUCAAUCGUUUCCGGAGCGGAUACGCUUGCCCUCGCUGCCAAACGGUGAUACGGAUGCGAGUUUUGCUUCGGUUGAUUGUUUUCACUUUAGUCAACGGGGCCACGCGAUUGCGGCCAACAGCUACUGGAACAACAUGCUGGAACCAUUGGGCAAUAAAUCAGAACUAGUACAGAGGGAAUUUGAGCGUUUCAGUUGUCCCACGUUGGAUCGGCCUUAUCUAGCGACGCUUCGAAAUAGUUUACCAAGCAAUUGAAACAGUAAAAA